AUGGACAAGGACAGGGAAUUGGGAGAUGCACAUGCAGAAAUCAAGGCAUUAAAGUACUCUGAACGUGUAAAAGAGAAGGCAGUAGAAGAGCUAACUGGAGAACUGAAUAAAGUAGAUGAGAAGCUAAAAGCUACUAAAGCUCUUCUGGAAAGCAAGAACCUAGAGAUUAAGAAGAUAAAUGAUGAGAAAAAGGCAGCUUUGGCUGCACAAUUUGCCGCAGAAGCAACCCUUCGAAGAGUCCAUGCUGCUCAGAAAGAUGAUGAGAUGCCUCCUAUUGAGGCCAUAAUUACUCCACUGGAGGCAGAGCUAAAACUAGCUCGGUUGGAGGUAAAUAUCGACUUCUCCAACAAUGACUUCAUAACUUUCUUUCUUUGCUCUUGAGUCAUGGCCAUGGUGUACUUUUUCCUAACUAAGCAUGGUCAUGCUGUACUAAUAACAUCAUCCAUGCCUACAUAUCGUGAUUGAUGUAGAAAGCGUUAGGAAACACUCUCGUUGUAGCUCUGAUGCCAAAGUUGAUAUAGGAUGGUAUAUCAAUUGGUAUAUUCGUUGUGUUAUUCAUCUAAAAUCAUCUGAGUUAGUUGUCUAAUUUUUUCCUUCUCCAUAAGCUAACUCGACUUGUUAAAUAAAUUUAACCAUAUUCUGUUUAAAAAGAAAUCAAGCUCUGCAUUUUUUAUUA